AGCUGGCAUGACCAGGGGAAUGUCCACAGAGCACCAUUCUCCUCUGGCAGGAGGGCUGCAGAGCCAGUCCCGGAGGCCAGGUGGGCAGUAUGGGGCCUUGGCUUCAGGUCAGUGUCCACCUCCCUCCACUCCCAUGCCAUGGAGCCUGCCCCGGCGGAGAGUGUACCUGGCUGCCGCUGUUCUCUGUUAUAUCAACCUUCUGAACUACAUGAACUGGUUCAUUAUUCCAGGAGUGCUGUUGGAUGUCCAGAAAUCUUUUCACAUCAGUGACAGCCAUGCUGGUUUGCUGCAGACGGUCUUCAUCGGUUGCCUGCUGGUGUCUGCUCCCGUAUUUGGCUACCUGGGUGACCGCCAUAACCGCAAGGCCACGCUGAGCUUUGGGAUCCUGCUGUGGUCAGGGGCUGGCCUCUCCAGUUCCUUCAUCCCCCCCAAGUAUUCUUGGCUCUUCUUCCUGACCCGGGGGGUCGUGGGCACUGGUGUGGCCAGCUACUCCACCAUCGCACCCACCGUCCUGGGUGACCUCUUCGUGAAGGACCAGCGGACCCGCAUGCUGGCCAUCUUCUACAUCUUUAUUCCUGUUGGAAGUGGUCUGGGUUACGUGCUGGGGUCGGCUGUGGCAGAGCUGACCGGGAACUGGCGUUGGGCCCUCCGAAUUACACCCUGCCUGGAUGCCAUAGCCUUGAUUCUGCUCAUCCUGCUGGUUCCAGACCCACCCCGAGGAGCUGCUGAGAAUCAGGGGGAAGUGGCUGUAGAAGCUCCAAGGAGCAGCUGGUGCGAGGAUGUCAGAUACUUGGGGAGAAACUGGAGUUUUGUGUGGUCGACCCUUGGAGUGACAGCCAUGGCUUUUGUGACUGGAGCCCUGGGCUUCUGGGCACCCAAGUUUCUGUUUGAGGCCCGCGUGGUCCAUGGCUUGCAGCUUCCCUGCUUCCAAGAGCCGUGCAGCAGCCAGGACAGCCUGAUUUUUGGGGCACUGACUGUGGCGACUGGCAUCAUUGGUGUCAUCCUGGGGGCUGAGGCCUCAAGGAGGUACAAGAAAGUGAACCCUAGGGCUGAGCCCCUCAUCUGUGCCUCCAGUCUGCUUGCUAUGGCCCCCUGCCUCUACCUGGCUCUCAUCCUGGCCCCGACCACCCUCCUGGGCUGCUAUGUGUUCCUGGUCCUUGGGAAGCUGCUUCUGUCCUGCAACUGGGCAGUGGUUGCCGACAUUCUGCUGUCUGUGGUAGUGCCCAGAUGCCGGGGCACAGCAGAGGCGCUCCAGAUCACAGUGAUUCAUGUCCUGGGAGAUGCUGGCAGCCCGUACCUCACUGGACUUAUCUCCAGCAUCCUGCAGGCCAGGCGCCCCAACUCCUACCUGCAGCGCUUCCUCAGCCUGCAGCAGAGCUUCCUGUGCUGUGCCUUUGCCAUUGUGCUAGGUGGUGGCUGCUUCCUGCUGACUGCACUGUACCUGGAGAGAGACCAGGACUGGGCCUGGCAGCCUGGCACAGGGACUCUGGAUAGCAAGGACAUGGCCAGCAAGGACACAAAAAGACAAGACCUGGCACCAGCACCCCCACAGAGGAACCCUGAGCCCCUGUCCAGCAGUGAGCAGGCCCCACCCUGCUCACACUCAUCGUUGGCUCUAUCCACCUUGCCUGUGACUCAGGGACCCUGGCUGAGCUGUACUCCUGACUUGUUCCAUCCCAGCUAGACAGCUGGCAGGGCCCAGGGGCUGACUGGAGACUGAGCUAUCAGUGCCCCCCAGGGCCUUGUGUCUGUACCCAGCAGGGAGGCUAAGCCCUCAGCCUCGCUGCCCAGGGGUCCCUAUUAAAGCAUGA